CCCCUUCGUCUGCCGCAACCUCCGCCCCCUCGCGACGAGACGCCUCGCUCCGCGGGCUUCUCCCGCCCCCAGCCGGUCUCCUCCCUCUGUUGAAAGCUGCCCGGGAAAGUGGUGGCGGGAGCGGGCCCAGGCCCGAGCGCAGUGUGGGCCCAGGUGUGUGUUGCCCGGCCUAAGACAAGGGUGGGCGACAUGACGGCCAGGGGUCAGGGCCCCCUCGCGCCGCUGUUGGAGACUUUGGAAGACCCUUCCGCCUCCCAUGGAGAGCAGACUGACGCUUACCUGACUCUGACCAGUCGUAUGACUGGAGAAGAAGGAAAAGAAGUAAUUAUAGAAAUUGAGAAAAAACUUCUUCGGCUGUACAAACUUUUAAAAACUCAUAUUUCCAGUCAAAACUCGGAGCUCAGUAGUGCUGCUCUACAAGCCUUGGGGUUUUGCUUAUAUAAUCCCAAAAUUACUUCAGAAUUAUCAGAGGCAAAUAUUCAAGAACUGUUUUCAAAAUUGAAUGACAUUGUCAAGAGUCCAGAUAAAAAUGUACGUACCAGGGCACUUUGGGUGAUAUCUAAGCAGACGUUUCCUGCUGAAGUUAUUGGCAAAAUGGUACCCAGUAUAAUUGAUUCAUUAGAAAUACUAUUUAAUAAAGGAGAGAUGCAUUCUGCUGUUGUUGAUUUUGAAGCAUUAAAUGUUAUCAUAAGGCUAAUUGAACAAGCUCCAAUUCAGAUGGGAGAAGAGUCAGUGAGGUGGGCAAAACUGGUCAUACCGUUAGUGGUUCAUUCAGCACAAAAGGUACAUUUGCGGGGAGCAACUGCUCUGGAGAUGGGAAUGCCAUUAUUGCUAAAGAAACAGCAAGAAAUAGCGUCUAUUACGGAGCAGCUUAUGACUACUAAAUUAAUCUCAGAACUCCAAAAGCUAUUUAUGAGUAAAAAUGAGACUUAUGUAUUAAAAUUGUGGCCUUUGUUUGUUAAACUACUUGGAAAGACUUUGCAUCGAAGUGGGAGUUUCAUCAAUUCUCUGUUACAACUAGAAGAACUGGGAUUUCGUAGUGGAGCACCCAUGAUUAAAAAAAUAGCUUUUAUUGCUUGGAAAAGUUUAAUAGAUAAUUUUGCUUUAAAUCCAGAUAUACUAUGUAGUGCAAAAAGACUCAAGUUGUUAAUGCAGCCUUUGAGUUCCAUCCAUGUAAGAACAGAAACUCUAGCAUUAACAAAACUAGAAGUCUGGUGGUAUUUACUGAUGAGACUUGGACCUCAUCUUCCUGCUAAUUUUGAACAGGUUUGUGUGCCUCUGAUACAAAACACUAUAAGCAUUGAUUCUAAUGCUUUACCUCAAGGCAAUUCAUCUCGUGUAGCUACUUCUCCAGGGUUAAAUCCUAUGACUCCUGUACACAAAGGUGCUUCCUCCCCAUAUGGAACCCCUGUAACUCCCAGAAUGAACUUGAGUUCGAAUUUAGGUGGAAUGGCUGCGAUUCCUUCCAUUCAACUUCUGGGACUUGAAAUGUUGCUUCAUUUUUUGUUGGGUCCAGAAGUGUUGAAUUUUGCUAAGCACAACAAACUUGUACUGAGCCUAGAGCCACUUGAACAUCCGUUAAUCAGCAGCCCUUCUUUUUUUUCCAAACAUGCAAAUAUACUUAUCACUGCUGUUCAUGAUAGCUUUGUUGCAGUUGGAAAAGAUGCCUCUGAUGCAGUUGUCAAUGCUAUCUGGAAGGAGCUCAUUAGCUUGGUGAAGUCAGUUACUGAAUCAGGUAACAAAAAAGAGAGACCAGGUUCUGAAGUUUUGACCCUCUUAAUAAAAUCUUUGGAAAGCAUAGUCAAGUCUGAAGUAUUUCCUGUGUCCAAAACACUGGUCCUCAUGGAAAUUACCAUUAAAGGACUUCCUCAGAAAGUAUUAGGUUCACCAGCAUAUCAGGUUGCUAAUAUGGAUAUUCUUAAUGGGACUCCAGCUUUGUUCUUAAUUCAGUUAACUUUCAACAGUCUCUUGGAAUGUGGUAUAGCAGAUGAAAGGUUUUUUCUCAAUCUCGAAGCACUUGUAAGCUGUGUUCUUUCUGGUCCAACUUCACCAUUAGCUUUCAGUGACUCUGUUUUAAAUGUUAUUAAUCAAAAUGCAAAGCAAGUGGAAAACAAGGAGCAUCUCUGGAGAAUGUGGAGUAUUAUAGUCACCCCACUAACUGAAUUGAUUAAUCAGACCAAUGAAGUGAAUCAAGGUGAUGCCUUAGAACAUAAUUUUAGUGCCAUCUAUUCUGCAUUGAUUUUACCAAUAAACCAUAUUUUUUCAGUACAGAAAUUUCCAGUGGCCACUAUGAAGACCUUGCUUAGAACUUGGUCAGAAUUAUAUAGAGCAUUUGCUCGCUGUGCUGCUUUGGUGGCAACAGCAGAAGAGAAUUUGUGCUGUGAGGAACUUUGCUCCAAGAUAAUGUCCAGUUUGGAAGAUGAAGGCCUUUCAAAUUUGUUGUUCUUGGAUAGGAUCAUUCAUAUUGUUACUGUAAUGUUUGAUUGCAUCGACUUCUCACCAUAUGAUAUUAAAUAUCAGCCCAAAGUUAAAUCACCACAGAGACCUUCUUCAGAUUGGUCCAAAAAGAAGAACGAGCCCUUAGGGAAACUGACUUCUUUAUUUAAACUUACUGUGAGAGUGAUCUAUUCUUUCCACACUCUGAGCUUCAAGGAAGAACAUUCUGAUACCCUCUUCGCUAUUGGCAACUCAAUCACCAGCAUUCUUUCCAGUGUACUUGGACGUAUUUCUUUGCCAUCUAUGAUCCGAAAAAUAUUUGCAACUUUAACACAACCUCUGGCAUUACUUUGUGAAAAUUCAAAGCUUGAUGAAGUUCCUAAAGUGUAUAGUUUUCUGAACAACAAGUUAGAAAAGCUACUAGGAGAAAUUAUUACUUGUCUACAAUUCGUCUACACUGGAACAUAUGACAGUGAACUUCUUGAACAACUCUCCCCACUAUUAUGCAUAACAUUUCUGCACAAGAAUAAACAGAUUCGAAAACAGAGUGCUCAUUUCUGGAAUGCCACAUUUGCUAAAGUGACCGUGUUGAUUUAUCCUGAUGAGUUAAAACCAGUACUAAGACAAGCCAAACAAAAAUUUCUGCUUCUCUUGCCUGGUUUGGAAACUGUUGAAAUGAUGGAAGAAUCCAGUGGACCGUAUUCAGAUGCAACAGAAAAUUCACAACUAAAUGUGAAGAUAAGUGGCAUGGAAAGAAAAUCAAGUGGAAAAAGAGAUUCCUUUUUGGUACAAACAAAGGACAAGAAAGAAAAGAUGAAACCACCAGCCAAACUGAAAUUUGAAUCUUCAUCUCUAAAAGUAAAGAGUGAAAUACUUUUGGAAGAGGAAAAGUCUACUGACUUUGUGUUUAUAUCUCCAGAAGGAAAAAAUGCAAAGGAAAGAAUACUAACUGAACAUCAAAAAGAAGUACUCAAAACAAAGCGGUGUGAUAUUCCUGCCAUGUAUAAUAAUCUGGAUGUUUCACAAGAUACGUUAUUUUCUCAGUAUAGUCAGGAAGAGUCUAUAGAAAUUCCUACUUUAACCAGAAAACCAAAGGAAGAUUCCAAGAUGAUGUUUAAGGAGGAACAAAUGGAGAGUGACAGUGUCAUUCCUCAAGAUGUCACGGAAAACUGUGGUAUGGAUGAACAUCUUGAAAAGGCUUCCUUUUCAAAUAAAGAGUGUGGUUCUGUUUACGAAAACACUUCAAAAAUACUGAGCAGUAAUAAUGAUGCCAGGAAAAAAGCUUUAAUUCCAUCAAAGAAAACUUCAACUGAAUGUGCAUCUAGUGCAGAAAGUUCUGUUGUUGUCAGCAGUAGCUCAGUUUCUAAUGCCACUAUUUCUGGAGCUCCUCCACAGCCUACAAGUCGGAGGCAAACUUUUAUUACCUUGGAGAAGUUUGAUGGGUCAGAAAAUAGACCUUUUAGCCCGUCCCCUUUGAAUGACAUGUCAUCAACUGUUACAGUGAAAAGUAACCAGGAAAACAAGAUUAAAACAGAUAUUCCACCAAAAGCAAAGCAAAGAGAAGUGACUCUUUCAAAAUCAGAUUCUGAAAAAACAUCAAAUGGAACUAAGAGAUCAGGCCGGAGAUUGGGUAAAGCUGAACAAACGGGGAAUAAAAGAUCUAAGCCCUUAAUGAAAUCUGAAGAGGAGAAAAAUAUUCAGGAAUCUAUUGAAGGCAUGGUAACCUUAGAAAAUAACCCACCUGAUUUGCUUAAUGAAACAGAAUGUGUAUCAGAUAAUCAGGUUCAUCUUUCUGAAUCUACAGUGGAGUAUGAAGAUGCCAAGUUUAAACCAACAAUAGAAAAUGCUGUGUUAUUGGAAACUAAUGCUGUAGAAGAGAAAAAUGUAAAAAUUAAUUUGGAAUCCAAAGAAAAUACACCCCCAGCAGUAAUACCAUCAGAUCAAAUGAUAAAUGAGGAUAGUCAGGCUCAGAUAACUCCAAAUCAAAAAACGCUUAGACGAUCUUCAAGGCGACGUUCAGAAAUAGCAGAAUCUACCACUGAUAGCCAAAAUAAAGAAAAUAAUCAUCAAAAAAGGGAAAGACGUAAGGAAGAAGAAAAACCUCUUCAGAAGAAUCCAUUGCAUAUAAAAGAUGAUUUGUUACCUAAGCAAAAAUUGAUUUCUGAACAACUUAUGCAGGAGAAUUUAACUGAGAAAGGAAAUAGUAUACAUGAGAAGAAUUUUGGGGAAACUAGUGCUAAUUCUGAAAUUGACCAAAAUAAAAGAAAGCCAGACCUUGAGAAUAUUAAGUCUGAAGGAGAUAGUGCCCAGGACAUUGCAGAUAAGUCCUCGGAGAAACCAGUAAGGGGCCGAACACGGUAUCAAACAAGAAGAGCAUCUCAGGGUUUGCUUUCUAGCAUUGAAAACUCAGAAUCUGAUAGUUCUGAGGCAAAAGAAGAAGGUUCUAGAAAGAAGAGAUCUGGAAAAUGGAAAAGCAAAAGCAACGACAGUGUUGACAUUGAAGAUCAAGAGGAGAAAAUGGUAAAACAGGAGUCUAUAAAAGCUGAAAAUCAGACACAUGAUUAUAAAGCAAGUUCAGAAGUAGAUGUAGACAUAAAGUCUCAGGUUUGUGAAAAGAAAGAUGAAAGUAGUACUGCAGUACUUGAGGAUUCUGCAUCUUCAGAUUUGUUGCAGAUUUCUGAUGAUGUAGCAAAUACAUGUGAGGGGGAAAGUAAAACUAGCAAAUGUGCAGAAUAUUUUUUUACAAGUCCACCUGUGCCAGAGUCAAAUCUAAGGACUAGAAAUGCCAGUAAGAGAUUACAUAAGCGAGACUUUAUUGAUAAUUAUAGUGUAGAAGAGUCCUCAAAAAUAGAGACAUCAGACAUUUCUUUGCUUUCUGAAAAAUCUCUUCAAACACUUGAAUGCCAGCAUAAGAGAAGUAGGAGGGUGAGGAGAUCUAAAAGUUGUGAUUGCUGUGGGGAAAAAUCACAGCCUCAGGAAAAGUCAUUCUUUGGGUUCAAGAACACAGAAAAUUAUGAUGUAAAGAUUAGUGAAACAAAAAAGACAGAUGUACAAACACCUGUAACUAUAUCAGAAACUUCUAAAGCUAAUCUGUGUUCUGAAGUAAAAUUUUUAGAUGAGCACCACAGUGUGAAUUUUCAUUUGGGUAUCAAAGAGGAUAAUGAUACUAUCAAUGAUUCAUUAAUUGUAUCUGAAACUGAGUUGAAAGAAAAUACCAUUCAAGAAACUCUUCCUUCUGAAAUAGUAAAUUUUAAAGAGGAAACUUGUGGUAUAAAUUCUAGUGAAGUGAAGUCUCUUCAAAGUCAAGAGCCACCUAAUAAAAAAUUUAAAACUGUUGGCCCGUGUUUAGCUGAUUCCAAAGAUAUUUCCCAGGAAUGCUCUUUGGAAACUAAAGAAAAGCCAGAAGCUACCGUGGAACGGGAACUAAGUGUAGGUAAUGUUGUUAAUGUUGAAGAAAAUGCAUGUAAUGUAACAGAAUCCGAUCUACAGAAAAUAGAAGCCAUGGAAUUGGAUAUAAGAAAUGAUAAAUCUGAAGCUAGUUUCUCUGAACAAGAGAGUGCCAAAACUGAUAUUUCUGAAGAAGCAACAACAGAGGAAAACAGUAGUAGUGGUGAUGAAUCUGAAGCAGAAACAGCUAAAAAACUGUAUGCCAAAGAAGCAGCAACUGAGGAAUUUAAUUCAGGCAUCAGUGUUUCUGAUAAUACCACACCUAUAACAGUGAGUGCUCAAACUGAGAUGUCUGAACAAACAGCAGUUGGGGAACUAGAUGGAGGAAGUGAUGUGCCUGAUUCAGGUUCAUCUGAAGAUAUGAAUGCUGAAAUGGAAAAUUGUGAAGAAACAGUGAUUGGUGAGGUGAAUGCUGAAACUGGCUAUGUCAAUAAAACAGAAGAUGAGGACAUGUCCAUCAAAACCUCUGAACCUGAAGAUGCUGAAACAAAAGGACUGAAUGCAGAAAUUGACAACAUUGUGCCUGACACACUUGAAGUGAGCCCUGAAGAAGGAAAAGUUGACUGUAAUAAAACUGAAACAAAUACUGAACUCAGUAAACCUGAAGAAAUAAAAUUAGAUGACAAUCAAAUGGUAGUGGGAAAUGAUAUUUUACAGGAAGUUCACACAUCAGAGAAAGUGGAGGAACCACCACAAUCUCUGACAUCUGAAACAGGUAUCUCUGAACUGAUAAUAGAAGACAAUAAUGCAUCUCCUCAAAAAUUAACGGAACUUGAUCCUUCACUUGUGUCAGCAAAUUACAGUCCUAGUGGCAUGCAGACACGCUGUGUCUGGUCUCCUUUGGCUUCUCCAUCCACCAGCAUUUUAAAGAGAGGACUAAAAAGACCCCAAGAAGAUGAGAUCUCAUCACCUGUUAACAAGGUUCGCCGUGUCUCCUUUGCAGAUCCAAUAUACCAAGCAGGAUUGGCAGAUGACAUUGAUAGACGGUGCUCUAUUAUUAGGUCCCAUUCUUCAAAUAGUUCCCCCAUAGUAAAAAGUGUUAAAACUUCUCCUACUGCACAGUCUAAGCAUAAUACCACUUCAAUCAAAGGAUUUCUGUCCCCAGGAUCACGUAGCCCUAAAUUUAAGAGCUCAAAGAAGUGUUUAAUUACAGAAAUGACCAAAGAAUCCAUGCCAUGCCCAACAGAAAGUGUUUACCCCGCUUUGGUGAACUGUGUCGCACCAGUUGACAUCAUUUUACCUCAGAUUACGUCUAACAUGUGGGCAAGAGGCCUGGGACAGCUCAUUAGAGCCAAGAACAUAAAAACAAUUGGUGAUUUGAGUACUCUUACAGCAUCUGAAAUAAAAACUCUUCCUAUUCGUUCUCCAAAAGUGUCCAAUGUAAAAAAAGCUCUCAGAAUAUAUCAUGAGCAGCAGGUGAAGUCUCGUGGACUAGAAGAAAUUCCAGUUUUUGAUAUUUCUGAAAAAACAGUAAAUGGAAUCGAAAAUAAAUCUCUCUCUCCUGAUGAAGAAAGACUUGCCUCAGAUUUGAUUGAUCCUGUUAAUUUAGAAACUCCAUUAUCUAAAAAUCUUGUGGCACAGAUCAGUGCCCUUGCUCUUCAACUGGAUUCAGAGGAUCUCCAUAAUUAUUCAGGAAGCCAGCUAUUUGAAAUGCACGAGAAGCUAGGUAGUAUGGCAAACUCUAUAAUAAAAAAUCUACAGUCACGUUGGAAGUCACCAGCUCAUGAAAAUUCUAUUUAGUAUUUUAAGAGGAAAUUGACGUUUUUUUAAAAACAUCACUGGAUUUUCUUGAUUGAUAAAACAAGUUCUGAAAUAUAGCACAAUUUAAAAGAGACUGUUUGCAAAGUUGGUAGCAUUUCAAACUCUGAAGGAUAGUGACUUAUUAUGUAAGUUCAAUUUUGUAAGUUUAUUAUGUAAAAUCUCCCCCCACCCCACCCCCUAUAUAAUGUAUUUUCUUGGCUGCUAUGCGUAGUUUUUCAAGAAAUUUAAUUAUCUUACAGAGAUGUGAAAGCAAAAACUAGAAACAGAAGCAUACGUUUUAUUUCACACUUUCUUAAACUCAUGCAUAUUCUGGUGAAAUAUGUAAUAUAAAAUACUUUAAAGUUGAAAAUUUUUAUUUGAAUUUUUUGCUAAACGGAUAAAGGUGUUUAUAUUUGAUUUUUUUUUUUUAAUUCAUUUUUGUUGUGCCUGAGGUUUAGGAAAUAUAUUCUCGGUAAGACACCUCGAACAAGAUGCAAAAGAAUUGGAACUUUGCCCACAGAUGUCAACUUAUUGGACAGCUUUUGAGAAAAAUGCCCAAAGUUUCAACUUCUGGGGGUUAAAAUAUUAGUGCAGAAUUUACUAAGAUUCCAUUCAUUUGCAUUAGCAAAUAUUUGUGCAACAGCAUUUGCCUAUGAAAAUUCUUAGAGACACAUAGUUUUCAUUUAUAAAUGCAUGACUGUACAUUGUGUAUAGAUGACCAUGUUUUUAAUUUAUAAAUUUCAGUCUUCGUUAAUUGCAUGGAUUUUUCUGCAGCUUCUUGUGAAUAGUUUUGUUUAAUAGAAACAUUUUGUAUAUAUUAAAUACUGAGGUAUCAAUAUGGACAGUAGAAGUGCUUCAUGGGCUUGCUGCAGAUAUUUGUAGAAUUCUGUAUCUACAAAUAAAACAACAAAUAGUUUUCUACUUAGUUAAUAGUCAAAAACAUGAGUUUAUUUUCUGAAAGUAUCCAGAAAACGAGUAAAAUUAUACAAAUGAGAAAAAGUUACACGACAACUUUGCUAUUCAUACCCUUACGUUUUUUUCAUUUGGUUUGGAAGAGGGUAUCAGCCACUAGAAAGUGUGCCUUGUUACAUUUCUUCUUAAUGGAAUGUUAGUUUGAAUAUUUUCAUUGCAAAUUAGACAAUAAGACAUCUAGGAUUUACGUGCUUUUUUCCAGCCUAUGCCUAAAAGCAAACUUGGAAGAAAUUUGAAACUGUUCUUUUUUUAUAUUUGUAUGUUUUGUUUUGAAAAAUAGGGUAUAUGUAAUUAAAAUAUUUGUAAAUUUUACCAGCUAGUAUUAGUGCCUGACUUCCCAUAUUUGUUUCGUCUUUUUAACUGAGAAUAUAUUUUACUUGUUCUGUGAAUAGAAUGAGUGAAUGAUCUCAGUUUUCACUUUAUUUAGAACCUAAUUCCUACUUUAAAAGGCACAUAUUUCUACAGCAAGUUAUAGAAAGUUUCAUCUUUGUGCCUAGUCACUUCUCCUAUAUUCAGCAGGAGUGUUAGCAUCUUUUUCAUAAUCGUAAGUCCAUCACCAUUACAAAUAUUUUUGAAUCUUUCUAAGUAUGAUAUUCAUAUACCGAGAUGGCUUUAUAAAGAAAUUCUGGGAUGAUUAAACUAAGGAUUAUAGCUUGAAGAAAUAACUAAUGAAAAAUACAAUACUGAUUUUUUAAGAACAAUUAUAAUUGUGGUUUACAUUGUUUAUCAUUUAUUUCCCAAAUUAUAUUGAAUAGUACAGAGGCACAUGAGUUUUUAGGGAACCAGGUGUGAACAAGAAAGGGUAUGCGUGUUUGAGGGCAGGGGAUGGGGUAGGGUACUUUAAUGCAGUUUAGAGUUAAAAUUAUAGCUUGUUUCAUGACUACAUGCCUUAAAAUUUGUGUGAACUAAACUUAUUUGCUGGUUGAAAGAUGUUCCUGUAAAGCUGAACAGUGCAGUAGAAAAUGUGACCAAAAUGAUUACUGUUUACUCAAAUCACUGAAUUUGAUAGAAGCACAUGCAUUAAUUUAAAAAACAUUGUAUUCCAGCAAAGUUGUAUUUAAAUACAUUAUUUGAGGGCAUAGACCAGCUUGCUAAAUCUUUGUUGUUGCUAUGGUUAUAAGCGUAUAUUUAAGGUACCUUAUUUUCAAUGUUCUUGCCUUAAAAUUUUCCACAGCUUUUCCCCUGAAUAAUUCCUGAAUAGCAAAACGUUAAUAUUUUUUGAUCAGUUCCACUGUGUUGUUUCACUAUUAAAAUGGAGCCUGUUUUUUCAAAUCUUUUCUAAUGGUUAAUAAAACACAUGGCAAAUAUAACUAAGAACACUUAACAUGUUUUCUUAAUUAUUUUAUGCAUUUUUAAAAAAUCUAGUGGCAUGUAGAAGUGUAGUGUAAUUUUUCAUAUCUAUGAAAUCUAUUUUAAGUUUCAUAGUGGAUUUAAAUUUUCAGUAUUAUUUCAGUGAGAUGCUAUGCCACUUGAACAAGUUUGAAAGCCAUUGUUGAAUGGUAUAGAGCCUUUCUCUAAUUCCAAGUAGUAUAGGAUUGAGUAAGGGUAAAUAAUGUUAUUGCAUAACACAGUCAAAAAAUAGGAUUUAAAUCUGAACAUUUUGAUUGAUUCUGACAUUGCCCAUGGAUUCUUUUUUUCUAUACAGGUUGAAAGUAGUCAGGGAUUCCAUGUUUAAGCAUCAUUAAAAUGUCAAGAAUAAGUGUCAGGGCAAGAAACAAAAUUAGGGGAACAAAUAUAUAGGUGAGUUUUUCUAAGGUAAAAGAAUGAAAAUAAUUAAAAAUAAGUGGUAUUUAAAAAGCUGUCUCAGUCUAAAUUUCAGAGAAAGUAUAAAUGAGCUAGUAUUUUCCCUUAAAGCCAUUCCUUCUAACUUUAAUUCAGUAAGAAAGGCCUAACUUUCUUCUUAUUCUGCUAGUGUCUGGACUGCAUUUGUAGUAAGUAGAUAUUCCUAAGAGGCUUCAGGCUGUGAAUUGGGUUUUGAUAACUGAAGCAGAUUUAAAUACUUAGAAUUAUUGCCACAUAUUAUAAAAGCUAGACAUAACUUUUUCAAGUGUAUGAAUUGGAGAUAUAGACUGAUCUUGAAGUCUUCAAACUAAAGUUCAAAAAUUUUAAGAAAGUAAAAUAUGGAAGAUCUAUUUUUUUAAUAGGCAGUUAAAGAUAUCAUGUAAUAAGGAACCUUAUUACUAAAGCAGAUUAAAGUGCUUUCUUGUGAAUAUUUGUGGAUUAUGUUCUCAUUUUUGUUUUGGGGUUUUUUUUUAUUAUUUUUCUUUUUCUUUGUUCCACCCCCCCCCCCAUAGGAAAUGAGAAAAUGUAGCAGCAUCAUUUUUGUUAAUAUGAAAGUAGAUUUUCAAAUAUUUAGAAAUACAUUGUCUCUAAAUCUUGCCUUGUAUUAUGGAUCUUCCAUUAUUUUAUUAAUAAACAUUGAAAACAUAACACUACUCCAAGGUUAAUUUGGCAGUUAGUUAGUAAUACCAUAAUGAAGAAGUCAUAUAGGACAGACAUGCCCUGUCAUUUUACUGAAGACCUCUGGUGACUUAAUUUGAUGGUUGAAAAUUCAUGCUUCAUUGCAAAGUGGAGUUUGAAAGAUAGUUGGAUAAUUUGAUUCUCUAAAAGUGUGUUUUUCUUGGAAUUCUCAAGAUGUUCAGUUUCCUUGCAUAUUUAAAUACCUUGUUUGUAAGAAAUGCCUUCAUUCAAAGCACUAAAGAAAAUUAGCUAAAAGUUAAGUAAUGGGUUUUAAAAAUUGGCUUAUCAAAAUUGAUUGAUAGGUUUAUCUAUUAAACAAAUUGGAUUUUGUGAUUUCUGAUGAUCUGGUUAAUAUGUCUGUUAUGUGCCAGGCUUUAUAUAUUGCUUUUUAAAAGUAGCCAUUUAAAAUAUGAGUCAUUCAAGAUUGAAGAGCUAUAGAUAUUUAAUAUAGUUGACCAACAGAAUUAGGAGAAUUUACUCAGUUCUUAGAAUAGAAUGUUAAAAUUUCCAGUGUCUUCACCCUUUUUUUCCUUUAUUCUAAACCUUUCUCUCUCCAAAGAACAGUUAAAAACCAAACAUGGCACACAGUAAGCUGUAAAUACUUACUCCCUUGGAAGAUGCCAUUAGUAUAAAAGAUAACCUCACCCCUUACCUGAGACUGUAAAAUUGAAGGCAUAUUUUCAGUUAUUGAUGUCACAAGUAAGAAAAAAAAAUCUAUGUAAAUUUUGUACUCAGAGGAAAUGUUAUUUUGGCCACAGUGUGCCUAUUUAUAAUAGUGAAUAAAAGCUAAGCUUACUAGACAGCAGGUUUAUAUGCUGAUAGGAAGUGAUACACUGAGAAGUAAUACGAUGAAGACAAGAGGAAAGGCAUAUUGAUAAGAAAUCUUAACAGUGCAUGGUCCAUUUAGUAUAGGGGCGAGCAGUCCUAUACACUUUGAAAAUAGCUGAUAGCCAGUGGUCCCUGAGAGCUUUUCUAUACAUAACACAGUACCAUAAUUGAUGUUCACAAAUACUCUGAGUGAUUAUUAAAAAUAUACAUUGUUAACUAAAUACUCUGCUUCCUUCAAAGCAGUUAAUAAUUUCCAUUAAAAGGCAGCUUUAUUUCUUAAAUGGAUGAAGGACAUAUAACUAGGAAGUCAAAAUAAUGUCUCAUGGAACUGAAAAUGGAAUAUAGUAUAACAACUAUUUUAAUACUAAUUGAAUAGUUAAAGUGCCUAAAGAAUUUAUUUUUAUAGAAUAGGACUUUUCUAAAAGGAAAUGACAUUAAGAGCAGAAUCAGUUUUGAGUAUAGCAACUGAAGCAGUCUUAACUAGGAAGGUUUUUUACAGAGCAGGGGUCAGCAGACUACCUGUUGUUUGUGCUACCCAUGAACACAGCCAUGCUUAUUUACAUAUUAUCUGUGGCUGCUUUCAUGCUACAAUGGCUGAGUAUAGUAGUAUGAAAGAGACUGUAUGGCCUGCAAGACCUAAAAUAUUUACAAAGUUUGUCAAUCCCUGUUACAGAGGAUGAUUUUGCUUAUACUUGGCAUGUAGUCAGUUUGGUUAUUUGCUUCUUGCUGGAGGAUGGCAUCUUGAUUGGUUCAUUUGUUAUACCCCUAUUAGAUUUUAUUUGAUAAAAUGUGUUCCCCUGAUUUCAUUUAUUUCUUCUACUGUUGCUCAAAUACAUAUGUACAAGGAGAUGCUAGUACUUUCUAAGUAUACUUGUUUCUCCUACCUAAACUCUCAAACUAUAGUUAUGUUAUUUGCCAUGUUGUUAAGGAAACUUGAUGGUCUGAGGGAAAGGUGUCUGGCACUAUAUAAGUUAAAUCACAACUGUGAAAUAAAUUGGGUACAGGAGUUUGCUUUCUGAGCUGAUGAGUUAUUAGUUGCUUUCAACCUAUCUUCACACUACCUCCUAUGGAUAGACCUAACUGAUAUGCACUUAGAAAAAGACUGAUAGAAGCCAAAUCAGUCAUUUAUUAACCAUAUAAUAUUUUUGAACCCAUCACUUGGUAAACUCUUCCUAAGAGAGCCUAGUUUUACAUUCACAAAAUAUUUAUAUUUGAUAAGUCUUAAAAUGAUUUAAGUUGAAACUUAAGAAGUACCCGUUCAUUCCUCGCUUAUCUGCACUAGUAGAUGUGAAAUAAUGGUGCAGUUUUAUUUGAUUGUGUAAUGCUUUAUAUAACGUUUGAAGCAGACCUACACUUACAGGUAGUAUUUCUGGUUCACUAUGAAUAUGUCAGGAGAAUCUAUGUAUGAUCCAUAAUAAAACCUUUCAUGAACCAUUGAGAGUUGACUGUUACCACUUGCCAAAUGAAACUGGAUAUUGCAACACUUUUUAAGAAAUGCACUUUUACCUGAAAAAUAAAACUAUAAAAGUGAAA